AUGGACCCUCUGAGCACUCCCUUACCCGCCAGCGAGGUCACGGAAUACAGGCGGAGCAAUUCCUGCUACCACAUCCAAGAUGGGUUCCUGUCUGCGACGCUCCCGGUGAUGUACUCCCUUAUCUUCAUCAUCGGGCUGCUCAGCAACAGCCUUGCGCUCUGGGUCUUCUCCUGCGGCGUGCAGCGGACAACCUCCAUCACGGUGUACAUGAGGAACCUGGCCCUCUCCGACCUGCUGCUCUCCCUUUGCCUGCCCUUCCGCAUAGCUUACCAUGACAAGAGCGAGCCCCGCGUCUUCUGCAACGUGGUCGGGGCCUUCUUCUACCUCAACAUGUACGUCAGCAUCACGUUCCUCAGCCUGAUCAGCCUGGACCGCUACCUGAAGAUCAUCUGGCCCCUCAAAAAGUUUAGGAUUCACACCGUGUCCUGUAGUUCCAGGGCCUCUGGGCUGGUUUGGUUGGUGCACUCAGCUUUCAUGCUGCCUUUCUUUUUUGAGACACAAGGAAAAGGACCUUGUGACCAUAAAUGCUUCCACUUCAGGAGCAAAAGCCCUGUAGCAGCAGCCUUUAACAUGGUCGCAGUAGCCACUUUCUUUAUCCUGCUGCUGCUCUUCCUCUACUUCUACAGCAAGAUAUUUGUCAAGCUCCAUAGAGUCUCCUUGGUGAACGCUCAGCAGCUGAACAAGAGGACUAGCAUGAAAGCCAUCACCAGGACCUUCGUAGUCCUCAUCAUCUUCAUCGUUUGCUUCACCCCGUAUCACGUUGUCCGUAUUCCUUACAUCCUCGCGCAAGUGGGUGUCAUUUCUAGCCUGUCCUUGACGCAGGAUCUCCACCUCGCCAACGAGCUCGUGCUCUGCAUCUCAGCCCUCAACAGCUGCCUGGACCCAGUGAUCUUCUUUUUCCUGUCCAGCAGCUUCCGGAGGGCCGUGCUCUGCACCGUCCAGGGAAAGCUGACGAGAGCUGUCCUGAGGAACCAGGGAGGGCUGAGCUACAGGGGCUCUGUGACCGAAGCCUAG